CAUAAGCCGCUUUCCUUUUAAAAGACACAGAUCGGCACAAGUUAGCACACUCGAACUCAGACAGCCGUCGUAGUUAGUGGAACACACUCAGACUCUCCUCCCGAGUAGAGUCAAAAAGUGUCGAUUGAGUUUGUAUCAAACGGAAAACGACGUGUAUCGCUUUAUGUUAAAAGUGUCGACUGUAUCCUCUAAAAAGAAAGCAGCCAUAAUACAUCUGAAUUAAUUCGAGCCUUCGUCUCGUAUACUUCACGAAUAUAACAUAGUGAUUGCACGGUGUAAUUUAGUCGAUUUGCGACUAUUCAUUGGCGCGUGUAGAUCAAUAAGAAAGGAACGACGACAUUGAGUGACAGUUCAUCUUGCACACGCGUUUCGAUUCUUGCACCGAGAAUGGUACCUGUACCAAAGUUUCCAUCGGCGGAAACUUCGCGCGCUCGUCGCCGACGCACUCAAAAUGAUACAAAAUGUGAGAGAAAUGUGUCGGAGCAGAUGCCUCGAAACGGGACACUUUUAUGGCUCAGCGAAAAUUAUUCGUGGAAAGUCGGUAUGUCUCCAGAUGAUUACCGAAGAAUCGUCGUUCAAUGUAGAAAAGAUCUAUUGAGUCUUAUCGUGGACCACAAUCGUGUGCAUCACAGUCAUCUAAGCAAUGUUUCGUGGAUGGAAACGCAAAGAAUCCUCCGUUCUAAGACGGUUAAUCCAGAAAAUCAGCAGCAAGAGUCGCAAGUGGAAGACUCACAUUCGGAAGACUCGUCCUGCGCAGAGAAGAAAGCCAUCUUGCCAUCGCCCCUACGAAUUAUCCCCUCCACCCCCCAACCUUAUCGUGACGACGAUAAGUUCGCAAUAAAAGCUACUCUGGCGAAAAUUUAUGGCUAGAUGGAUCAAAGAAAUGUAAAUAAAGAAACGAGAGUCUGUGCUGGAUGAAAAACAAGGAAAAUGAUUUAUCAAUAAAUAGCUUAUCAAUAAAUGGUUUAUUAUUAAGAUCGA